GUAGAACUUUGCCCCCUUGUGCAGGUGGUCAGUGGAACUUUGCCCCCUUGUGCAGGUGGUCACUGGAACUUUGUCCCCUUGUGCAGGUGGUCAGUGGAACUUUGUCCCCUUGUGCAGGUGGUCAGUGGAACUUUUUCCCCUUGUGCAGGUGGUCAGUGGAACUUUGUCCCCUUGUGCAGAUGGUCAGUGGAAGCUUUGUUAGUGUGUAUUUCAAUUAAGACAAAAGAUGUUAAUGUAUAGGUUGUUUUUUCUAAGCUAAAACCUCAGUAUUCAGGUUUAAUUGCAGUGUUGGCACUUUGA